AUGGCAUGGAAUUGCAGGGGAUUAGCCCGACCCAAAGCAAUCAGGAACUUAAGGGCUAAUAUUAGGAAAUAUAACCCGGAUGUAAUCUUUUUGUCGGAAAUCUUGGUGUCGGAUGAACGCACUAUUUCUAUUGUAAAUAGCUUAGGUUUCCAUCUUUUUGUUCACUAUCCAGCGGAAUGUAAAAAAGGUAGACUGCUUCUUUUGUGGAGACCGGGUGUAGAAAUAGAACCUGUAAAUAUAAAUAUUAAUGCAAUUUCUGUUUUAGUUUACUCUGAUCCUACACAUCAACCUUGGAUAAUUACCUACGUGUAUGCGCCGGCUCAAUGGAACAAUAAAGCUGGCUUUUGGAGCCAUUUGGAUUCAUUAUAUCAAGCUUUUCCAGGGCCUUGGAUUUGCUUGGGAGACUUUAAUGAUCUCAUUGAUCAAAAUAAAAAAUCUGGAGGAAGACCUAUCUAUUAUAAUCCUAAUAAGGGUCUAAAAGCUCUUAUGGAUAGGAAUGGCCUUAUAGACAUUGGCUAUAUGGGACCAAAAUUUAUAUGGACAAAUAAUAGACAAGGUCAAGCGCUCAUACGAGAGAGAUUAGACAGAGCCAUUGCAAAUCAAGAAUGGAGAUUACUGUUUUUAGAUGCUACUUUGCAACAUCUUGCAUCAUCAGCAUCAGAUCACCAUCCAAUCUUGUUAUACACCACAGCUAAUACUCGUCAAGCUCCUUCUUUCAAGUUUGAAGAAUUCUGGACUCGAGAACCUUUAAGCCAUCAAAAAAUCAGUGAAGCAUGGAGUAAACAUCACUUCAGCAAUCCAUCUUAUAUUCUAUGCAAGAAAAUCAAGUCAACCAAGGAAGCUCUCAAAGUCUGGAAUAAAGAUCACUUCAGGAGGAUCAACCACAAUAUACAUCAACUCGAAAGUGAACUUCUUGAAGUACAGGAAGCCGAUAUGACUCCUUCUAAUCAAGAAAAAGAAAGAUUUUUGCAACAUAGAAUUCACAAGCAAAGAGAAUAUGAAGAAAUCUUAUGGAAGCAAAAGUCUAGACUCACAUGGCUUACAUCGACGGAUCUAAAUACCAAAUUUUAUCAUCUAAUAACCACUAUUCGGCGAAGAAGGAAUACUAUCGACUCAAUCAAGCUGGCGCCAGUUUCGGAUAUAGAGAAUGAAUCUCUAAAUGCAAUACCAGUUGAAGAGGAAAUAUUAGAGGCUCUAAAACAAAUUCCCAGCAACAAAGCUCCAGGACCAGAUGGAAUGACAACUUUAUUCUACAAGCACUAUUGGAGUAUUGUGAAACAAGAUGUCAUAUUGGCAGUUCAGAAUUUCUUUAUCAGUGGGAAGCUCUUAAAACAGAUCAAUCAUACCAACAUUGCUCUCAUCCCAAAGACAAAAUGUCCAAAUAAUCCAAGCCAAUAUCGCCCAAUAAGUCUUACAAAUAAAACAAAUUUCGUGAGUAGGGAGUUUCGUGUCGUCGGGGAACAUUUGGAUAUUUUCCGCUACAGUCUCACCCUCUGCCCGCCCCAUGUGGCUCCAUCACUCCGGCACCGUGUAACAAAUAUUCUCCUCUGGGCUCACCAUUUCCCCACGGUUUUAGUCCUUCACUGGUAUUGUAGCUGUCGAGAGCCACUGUAUGUCGUCUUACAAGGGUAA